AGCUCGAGGGAGAAAUUAGCACACAAACGUGUACGUGUUACGCUAAUUCGUUUUCGAAUUAUGCAAAUCUGGUGAGGCGCGUUUGUCCGGGCUCGUGCGUGGAUGACGAGACGACGAUGGAUGUGGGAACAGUUGUUGAACUUGCUUUCAAUUCUUUUCAAGGAUCACGUUUCUUCUCACACAUUAUUCACGCUCACUUGAGCCACGAAAAUUUAAUGAACUUGAGCAAUUUCAAAUCAACUUGAGUACUGUCAAAACGAAAGUCCAUAGUCUCGCACGUAUUUGAUACAAUUAACAAGAUCGUUUCAUUGAGAGAUAGAAUUUUCGUUUCAAUUGCGUUCGAUGCUACCAAUAAAAUGUUUCUGAGAUGAAACAAUUAACUUGUCAGUGAUGCAACGAGUCGUUAGUCCAACUGACGAGCUUUCAUGCCAAUGAACAAACUCUCGUUAAUGACGUUAAGCUUGUUGCUUAACAUUUUUGAGGUGAGCAGCUGUCUAUAAAAAUCGUUUUAUUCGUUGAUGAAUAUCUCACGAAUGUACUGUUUCAAGGAAAACUGAAGUUGCCGAACGAAUUUUGGACAAAUUAAAUGUCAAAGUUGAGUAAAAAUGUCAUUUCGUUGCAUCGGUUGAAUGAGACGAAGUCCUUACCUUCACACUUUUUUUCUUGUCACUCUUAUCAAUGAAGAAAUUCACUUGAAAAACGACAGCUCGGAUCAGGACGACACAUAGAAUAAUUUUACUGAAAACACGAGACCAACGGGAGUAAUUCCUUGACAGGCAUGCCAAACUUUGUCUUUAUUUCAACGCAAUUUUCAAUUACCGAGAAUACAUUUUCUAUCAAUCCUAAGUGAUUAAAAUAAAGGUAUUUCUGAAUAUAAUUAAUAUUAUCAUUCACACAGGUGAAAAAUUUCGCAUUGUUCAUCCGAAAGAAUAGUAAUCAUUCAGUAUCUACGUUUAAGGUAGCAUUAAAGGUAGCAUAAAUCUAAAGAGAUUUAGCAACAAGCUUAAAAACCAAAUCGAAUUAUUUGGCUUCAUUCGAUCGAUCAAUGUACAUAAGAAUUUUGGUGUUCGAGUCGACUGAACUAAACUUCAUUCGUUUUAUUAUUUCCGUGCGGAAUAUUUAUUUCCAAAUUUUUCGGUGAACUUUAUUCAUGUUUCGAGUUACGUGAAUUCAUGGCACUAUUUUUGGCAAAUAAUUACGAAAAGAUCGUUUUUAUUGUCUCAAGGAUUUAGACGGAUAUGGCGAUUUCUCCGAGCGACGGAAACGCGAAGAUGUAAGAACUCGGCGACAGAUAAAUUGGAAGCAAAUUGUGAAACGAAUAAUAUUUACGUCGUACGGUGGAAAAAGAAGGUCGGAGAAUUUCCUGUUUCGAAACGAACAGCAGGAUUGUGAAUUUCUCCGGCAUUCGUGUGCCGGCCGGUUCGUUGUUUUUGUCAUGAGGCCGAUAAAAGCGCCCGAAACAUUAGACGCCUCGAGUGCCAAAGAAGAAACUGCUUAAUUAAUUCAGACGAACUUUCUAUAUGUUAAACGGUCAAAAAGUAAGGAUGGCGAUCGAAUUUCACGGAAGGGAUUGAGAUUCGACGAAAUUGAAACGCGAUCAAUGGAAAGGAGAAGAAAAUCGAUAGAAAGGUGACGAGUUAUUGGUAAGGAAAAGGAAGGAAAAAUGGCGCUGAUAUUUGGCAGCGUGUUGGGAGCUUUCAAAGCAGCCACUGUGCUUCUGGGCAUUGGGAAACUCGCGGUACUCCCCAUUCUACUAGCCUCAUUGGCGUACUUCAAUUACGAUCUAAUGGAUCCUGAAAACCAUCCAAAAGUGACGAGAAGCUUGCGGAAAGAGUACGAUUUCGUGGUCGUUGGGGGAGGGAGCGCCGGAAGUGUGAUCGUUAAUCGACUCACCGAGAAUCCAGCGUGGAACGUUCUUCUGCUAGAGGCCGGUGGCCACGAAACGGAAAUCACUGAUGUGCCAAUAUUGUCGUUGUAUCUUCACAAGAGUAAAAUGGAUUGGAAGUACCGUUCGCAACCACAGGACUCCGCUUGUCAGGCAAUGGUUGAUAAACGCUGUUGUUGGACGAGAGGGAAGGUUCUCGGCGGUUCCAGCGUCCUGAACACGAUGCUUUACAUCCGAGGGAAUCGUCGGGACUUUGAUCAGUGGGAAAGCUUCGGGAAUCCUGGCUGGAGUUACGAGGACGUUUUGCCAUAUUUCCGAAAGUCCAUGGACCAGAGAAAUCCGUAUUUGGCACGGAACCGAAGAUAUCACAGUACAGGAGGUUAUCUGACGAUCCAGGACGCGCCAUACAACACGCCAUUAGGAGUGGCAUUUUUACAAGCCGGUGAGGAGAUGGGUUACGACAUAGUGGACGUGAACGGUGCGCAGCAGACGGGAUUCGCGUUUUACCAGUUCACGAUGCGUCGAGGAACGCGUUGCAGUACGGCCAAAGCAUUUGUCCGUCCGAUAAGCAACCGUCCGAAUUUUCAUUUGUCGUUGUGGAGUCACGCGACGAAGGUGUUGAUAGAUCCCGGAACGAAGCGUGCCUACGGAGUCGAAUUCAUAAGAGCCGGCAAGAGGGAAGUCGUCUACGCGAAGAAGGAGGUCAUCCUGGCAGCCGGAGCGAUAAACAGUCCCCAGCUGUUGAUGCUGUCGGGCAUCGGGCCGGCGGAACACCUCAGUGAGGUGGGCAUCCCGGUGAUCCAGGACUCGCCGGGGGUCGGCCAGAACCUCCAGGACCACAUAGCCGUAGGAGGUUUGGCGUUUUUGAUCGAUCACGAGAUAAGCAUAGUGAUGAAUCGUUUGGUGAACGCGAACACGGCUCUGCGUUACGCGGUGACCGAAGACGGGCCGCUGACUUCGAGCGUCGGCCUCGAGUCGGUCGCGUUUAUAAACACGAAGUAUGCGAACAAGUCCGAGGACUGGCCGGACAUCGAAUUCAUGCUGACAUCCUCGUCGACCAGCUCCGACGGGGGCACCCAGGUGAAGAACGCUCACGGCCUCACGGACGAGUUCUACAACGAGGUUUUCGGCGAGAUCAACAACCGCGAUCUCUUCGGCGUUUUCCCCAUGAUGCUGCGCCCGAAAUCCCGCGGUUUCGUCAAGCUCCGGAGCAAAAAUCCUCUCGAUUACCCUCUCAUGUACCACAACUACCUGACCCACCCGGACGACGUCGACGUCCUCAGAGAAGGCGUCAAAGCCGCUAUCGCCUUCGGGGAAACCGCCACUAUGCGACGAUUCGGCGCUCGCUUCCACAGCAAAAAGUGGCCGAACUGCAAACACCUCGAACACUUCACGGACGAGUACUGGAACUGCGUCAUCAGACAAUACACCAUGACGAUCUACCACAUGAGCUGCACUGCCAAAAUGGGCCCGUCCACCGAUCCCAUGGCCGUCGUUGAUCCUCAACUCCGCGUUUACGGGGUCCCCGGACUCCGGGUCAUCGACGCUUCCAUCAUGCCCACCAUCACCAACGGCAACAUCAAUGCACCUGUCAUCAUGAUCGCCGAAAAAGGAUCCGAUCUUAUUAAACAACAAUGGGCCUUUGCCCAAAGAAGAGCCGACAAUUCCACCGCUGCGGUCGCUUGAACGAGCCAAAAUCAAGACUUUUCCUCUCUCUCUCUCUUGUAGUUUUUCUCUCGUCAACGAAUUCGUCCCGUCGCCUUUUACUUUUGCUGCUUGUCGUCCGAUACGACUCUCUCGGUGCACGAAGUGGCAUGAGCAGUCGAACGGACACGGAGACAAGUCGGCGACGUUUUUACGUUCGUUCGUAAUAGUUUUCGUGACUUUUGUGCACCGCGAAGCGAGGUCCGAUCUCCUCGAAACGAAGCUUCUGAACUUUCAGUUAGCAGGACGCUAAUUCGGUGCUUUUUGGAGACACUGCUCACGAGUGCGGUCGAAUGAUGUCGAAGUUUGCAACGUUCGAGUUCAACGAAAUCGUGUUAAAAAACUCUCCAACAAUUUCAGUAUCUCCAAUUCUGUUCCGCAAUUCGCAAUUCGUAGUUUUUCAACCCACACCGAUGAUUCGAGAAAUAAAAAAUUGUCUAAUUGCCAAUGUUUUUUUCGCUAAAUUCGUCCGACUCCGACGUUGCAAACUUCAGCGUCGUACGAUCGAGUGUGAAGCAACGGCGAAGGGAUUCGACGCAGUGUAAAUAGUUGGUGGGCCCAAACAGCUGAACGCUGAAUAGUUUGUAGUGUAAAUAAUACGAAAUUGUUAACGAAACGCCUCGAACUGCGGAGGUCCGAGGAUUCGUUGCUGACGUGAAAACGCCAAUGAACUAAGCAUCGCGCCCACGUAACUGAAAGAAAAAUAUAUGCAGCAGUCAUUUUUGUUUGUAUUAAUUAUGAAAACAAAAACGGUGAACGAAAGGAGAAUAUUGAAAGGCGAUUUACCGGAGUAAAGUUGCUCAAUGAAUAAUUCUAAAGAUAUUUGUAUAUAGAUGUAUCCAUUAAUAAUGACGUUUGCUCCUGUAACCAACUUCAAUGACCAGACCAGUCGUUCUUGCCACACGGUUAACUCCGCCAAUAUCUACGACGCCGUUCCGCAGCUUCUAUUAAUAAAAUGGAAGUGUUUUUCACUAGAAUUUUAUCGAUGGACUGACGUCGAUAAACUCGAUUCUAAAAGGUUGAUCGUUCGAAUGAAUUCAUCAGGAUCCACUGUGUCGACGAUUGUUUUAAAUUUCGCAAACGAAUAAUUCGCCAAGCUUUCGAUCGUCCAGCCGAGUUUUUGUCAAUUUUUCCCAAAGACUAAUGGAAACCGUUGAGAGUAUGGAUCAGUCGACUAAACUCACUUGGAAUUUGCGAAAUCGAAAUUCUUCAAUCGGUCAAACUGUUUCGAAGAAUUUCGAUUUCGAAAUUUGCUGCUAUCUCUCUCGCACUUGCGCUUGCAAUAAACCGACUGAUCCGUUCUCUUAAUUAGGAAUUAUUUUUGUAGCUCCAUUGGGAGAGUUCAUGAUCAUUUUGUAAGUUAUGCAAAAGAAAUAAAAUAAUUUUUUUCA